GCAGCGUAGGCCGUCCUGACGUCAAUUGGUAGCGCGCUGCCUGCACGGCUUUCCCGGCCUCCUCUCAGAGCCCAAAUUGCUGGAGGCUAGUGUGGGUUAGCCUCGGGUUUCCGAUACCAACUCAGACUGGGGAGGGGAGCCGCUUAGCUCGCCUGGCUGUCACCUCCGGCGGAGCAGCCACCUCUGAGCUCUCCUUCGAUCCUGACUGAGUCAGCGUUUUACCUUAUUUCUCAAUGCUCUUCAUAAAGUUCAGCAAUGCCAACUGUUGAGAGUGAAGCCAAGGUAAAAACCAAAGUCCGCUUUGAAGAAUUAUUUAAGAACCACAAUGACCUAAUACGAGAAAAGAAAAAACUGAAGAAAAAACUCAGAGAAAGCAUCUCACUUGACACUUUUAAAAGCGACCCUCAAAAUAUUAAAGAAGCUAAAAGCGAUGUUGUUAGCUGCUCUAGCACAAAUAAGCUGGAGAAGAGCAUGGCAGCCGCUAAAAACAGGCUGAGGAAUAUGCAACCAGCACCUGAGGAUCCAAACGAUGGUGUUAGCAGAGAGGAAAACAAGGAAGAAAAGUCACACAAGCACUCUCCAAAGGCUGCACAAGAAAGGGGACCAGAGACUCCUGAGAAGAAGGUACAUUCCACGUACCAGAAAGCGCCAACGAAGUUACAGUCAGGUGCUGAGUAUCAGAGAAGUGGGAAGGCAAAUGAGGGAAGAGAAAAGAAUGAUUUAUUAGAAGGGGAAGAAGAGCUGAUGCAAGCUUAUCAGCUCCAGGCAGCUGAAGAGAUGGCAAAGGAGAUUAAGAAGAAAAUAAGAAAGAAACUAGAUGAGCAGUUGACUAACUUUUCCUCAGAUACUUUAUUGCCUGAUGACAAAUUGAGCAGUGAAAUACGAAGAAAGAAAAAAAGGAAAGUUCCACUCCUGUCCAAAGCUGAAACAAGCACAUUGACCACCUCUGAUGAUGCGGUGGUGGAAGGUGAACAAAAGACGGAAUCUCCAGUUGGAGCUGUCACUUCAGAUUCUCACCAAGAUGGUGAAAUGAGUUCAAAGGAACAAAACAUAGAUGACAACACGGCAGAGAACACAAAAUCCAAACCAAAGAAAACUAAAAAGAAGGUUAAAGCAGUUUCAGAUAAUAAUGAGGAAAUUGAUGGAGAUGGUACCAAUGAAGUAACAAGCCAAAAUAGUCCUGUUCAUCCCAAAACUUUGCUUGAUGAUGGCCUUGUCUUAGGAGUUUAUAUUCACCGAACUGAUCGACUUAAGUCAGAUUUUAUGAUUUCCCACCCAAUGGUAAAAAUUCAUGUGGUUGAUGAGAAAACUGGUCAGUAUGUCAAGAAAGAUGACAGUGAGAGACCUGAGUCAUCUUACUAUGAAAAAGAGAAUGUAGAUUAUAUUCUUCCUAUCAUGACACAGCCAUGUGAUUUUAAGCAGUUUACCUCAAGACUUCCAGAGUGGGAAGAACAAAUUAUAUUUAGUGAAAAAUUUUCCUAUUUGCUUCAAGAUGUUGAAGAAAAUCCUAAGGUGAUCCUUUUCUUUGAGAUUCUUGAUUCUUUAAGCAUGGAUAAAGUUAAGAAUAACUCUGAAGUUCAAAACCAACAAUGUGGCUUUCGGAAAAUUGCCUGGGCCUUUCUUAAGCUUCUGGGAGCCAACAGAAAUGCAAAUGUCAAUUCAAAACUUCGCUUGCAGCUGUACUACCCACCUACCAAACCUCGAUCUCAGUUAAAUGUUGUUGAGGUUUUCGAAUGGUGGUCCAAAUGUCCAAGAAAUCGUUAUCCAUCAACAUUGUACGUAACUGUACGAGGACUGAAAGUACCAGACUGUAUAAAGCCAUCUUACUGCUCUGUGAUGACUCAGGAAGAGAAAAGUAAACCAGUACAUUAUGAACUUCACCAUGAGUCAAAUUCAAUAGGCACAGAGCCUGGAUUAGAAGAUUCGAAGGAAAUUGUAGAAUGGAAACGACUACCUGGACAGGCUUGUCGUAUCCCAAACAAGCACCUCUUCUCACUAAAUGCAGGAGAACGAGGAUGUUUUUGUCUUGAUUUCUCCCACAAUGGACGAAUAUUAGCAGCAGCCUGUACCAGCCGGGAUGGAUAUCCAAUUAUAUUGUAUGAAAUUCCUUCUGGACGUUUCAUGAGAGAAUUGUGUGGCCAUCUCAAUAUCAUCUAUGACCUUUCCUGGUCAAAAGAUGAUCGCUAUAUCCUUACUUCAUCAUCUGAUUGCACUGCCAGGAUAUGGAAAAAUGAAAUAAAUAAUACAAAUACUUUGAGAGUUUUGCCUCAUCCUGCUUUUGUUUACACGGCUAAAUUCCAUCCAGCUGUAAGAGAGCUGGUGGUUACAGGAUGCUAUGAUUCUGUGAUACGAAUAUGGAAAGUUGAUGUGAGAGAAAGUUCUGCUGUACUGGUCCAACAAUUGGAUGCUCACAAGAGUUUUGUCAAUUCUCUCUGUUUUGAUGCUGAAGGUCAUCACAUGUAUUCAGGAGAUUGCACAGGAAUAAUUAUUGUGUGGGAUACUUAUGUCAGCAUUGGUGAUUUGCAGAACUCAGUACACCACUGGACUAUAAAUAAGGAAAUUAAAGAAACUGAAUUUAAGGGGAUUCCAGUAAGUUAUUUGGAGGUCCAUCCUAAUGGAAAACGUUUGUUAAUCCAUACCAAAGACAGUACUUUGAGAAUUAUGGAUCUCCGAAUAUUAGCAGCAAGGAAAUUUUUAGGUGCAGCAAAUUAUCGGGAGAAGAUUCAUAGUACUUUGACACCGUGUGGGACUUACCUCUUUGCUGGAAGUGAGGAUGGCAGAGUAUAUGUUUGGAACCCAGAAACAGGAGAACAAGUAGCAGUGUAUUCUGACCUACCAUUCAAGUCACCUAUUCGAGACAUUUCUUACCAUCCUUUUGAAAAUAUGGUUGCAUUUUGUGCAUUUGGGCAAAAUGAGCCAAUUCUUCUUUACAUUUAUGAUUUCAGUGUAGCCCAGCAGGAGGCUGAAAUGUUCAGAUGCUACAAUGCAACAUUGCCAUUGCCUGGAAAACACCAAAGUCAAGAUGCUCCAUAUUCCUGUCCUAAACUGCCUCAUCAAGGCUCUUUUCAGAUUGGUGAAUUCAUGCACACUGAAAAUUCUUCAACAAAGAUGCAGAUAGUGAAACAGAGACUUGAAACAGUCAACAAAAAUCUCACGCUUACUUCAUCAGCUCCAUCCUCCUCACAGCACUCUAAAUUACAGCAGUUGAACAUGCUGGCCGCUGAAGAGACACUACAUCAUUUUGGUUUCACUCAGAAAGGGAAUAUCAGCAUAGAAAGAAGGCCUUAUAACCAUCAGGUGAAUUCAGCACCAUUGGUAGUGGCUCUUUAUGACUAUACAGCAAGCCGAUCAGAUGAACUAACCAUCCAUCGCGGAGACAUUAUCCGAGUGUUUUUCAAAGAUAAUGAAGACUGGUGGUAUGGCAGCAUAGGAAAGGGACAGGAAGGCUAUUUUCCAGCUAAUCAUGUGGCUAGUGAAACAUUAUAUCAAGAACUGCCUCCAGAGAUAAAAGAGCGAUCCCCUUCUUUGACCCUCAAGGAGAAAACCAAAACAGAGAAACCUUCAGCUCCUCAAAAGGGUCUCCCUAUGCUGCCCAGGCCAGCCAUGAGUUCCUAGGCCAGAGCCUCCUGCCUCAGCCUCAUAAGAACUUGGUACCAUCAUGCAUAUCAAUAUACCCAGCCAUAUUCUCUGUAUUUUUAAAGAAAUAUGGAAGCCUCAGUUGGUUUUUUUGUUUGUUUGAUUGUUUGUUUUUUAAAAGUAUUUCUAUUCAAACUAUAGAAUAAGAAGUAAAUUGUACCUUUUAAUAGGUUGGCAGCUGCCACAUCUUACAAAUUCUUCCCAGUGGAACACACCUGCUCUAUUGCCAGGUACCUUCCAGCAUUUCAUAUGGCUCAUUGGAAUGUUAGUAGCUAAUGGCAUUGUGUGCUGCUGGCUCUCCCACUUUAGGAGGAGGUGGCAAGUCUUGGGCUAUUUGCCAUGACAGACCAAAGAUUCCCCAGAUAAAGUAGUAACUACUUACAAGGAUGUGGGGAUGGGAGUGAGACAAUGCUCUCUCCAGGCUGAUUCCAGAAGCUUUUUAAAGAAAUGUGCUGCAAAUUUUCGCCUGCAAGAAAAAGAGAAUAGACUACUUCUGCUACCAAAAAGAAAAAACUUUGAAGCUUGAAAAAAUCAUGCUGACAAUUUGCUUUUAUGUUUUUUUUUUGUAUUUAGAAAUGUUUUUGUUUCUAGGCUUUUCAGUCUAGUAUUAAUCUGUAUGACACAUUUAUUUGGGAGUAUUAUUAAAAUUUCUUACAACUUUUAAUUAUUUUAAUAUAGUCCCUCUAAAAGUAAUAUAUACUUGUAUUUUUAAAAAUUCAGCCUUGCAGAAUAGUGUGAAAUGAAAGUAUUCCUUCCUGCAAAUAAUCAUGUUCAUUCUAACAGUUUCUUGUAUAUCUUUCCAAAAUGUUCUGUACUUUUGUGAACAGUAAUAAUUAAUGGUUUUGCUAUUCCAAGAAUGUAAGAAUAUCUGCUAUUGCUCAUCUUCACAUGAGAGUUUUAAUUUUUUUCAUUGGUUUACUAAGCAUGUAGAGUCAAUAAGAGCAGAUAGGCUGAAUCCAAAAGAGCUGGCUCCUAAACCAAAGUACUUACUAGUUAUAUUCAGAAACAGCUGUUUUCUUGUCUGAUCCAAAACAAGAAUAGAGAACCCAAAAGCAUCAAAUAAUUCCAUGGGAGUUCCUUUCCAGCCAAACACAUAUCCACAGAAAAUUUUGCAUUGGUAGUUAUGUCAGCCUCUUAGAAAAACAGUAGCCAAUAAAUAGAUUGCUUUCAGUGUUCAGUCUUCAGAGUAUCUAAUAAUUGUGCUGUAUAACACUAUAUUUUCAAAAGUCCCACUUUACUGUUCCUUGUACCAGGAAUGAAUCUGAAUUAUUCUUCAUCAUAAAAAUAAUAUGAUUUUUAUUAUUGUAUUGUCUAAUAAAUUUAUACUAGUGAUUUUAUUUUUUGAGAUAGGGUCUUGCUACAUAGUUCAGCCUGACCUUGAACUCACUGUGUAGUCCAGGUUAGCCUUAGACUCACAGCAAUGCUCCUUCCUCGGCCUCCUGAGUAUUGGAAUUACAGGCAUGUACUAACAUGCCCAUCUCAGUAGUGAUGAUUCUUGAUAUGGGGAAAUGAAUUUUAUAAAUACCUAGAAAUUAGCUAUAUAUGCUAAGUCAUUGAAACUACAGUCACAAUUACUGCUUUCUUCUUAUUACUAGUUCUGUUUACCAAAAGGUAUAGAGAUUUAUCUCUAAUUUAUUAAAUAAAUAAUAAAUAAAAAUAGGUUUGUGCGUUGAGUUGCUUUUUUGUUUUUGUUUGUUCGUUUUGUUUAGACAAAGGCUCACUCUGUAGUGCAGGCUGGCCUUGAACUCUCUUUUAUGUAGCCCAGAGUGGCCUUGAAUUCAUGGCAAGCCUCUUGCCUCAGCCUCCAGAGUGUGAGGGUUACAGGUGUGUGAUAACAACAAUUUUAACUAAAAUAUUAAUUUCAGACCAAGUCUAUAACACAGUGAUACUACUGUACUUGCCUCCCAUGGAUGAAGUUCUGGGUUCAAACUCCAGUACCACUAAAAUAGAUGGAUAGGUAGAUUGAUAGAUACCAUAUAAAUGUUAUUUAUAUUUUUAAAUUAUGUUAAUAUUGAGUUUAGAACAGUCCCACAAGUAACUAGGUGGAUAUAUGACAGUGAUAUGACAGUAGAGCCAGUAUGCUCUGCUCCCAACCAUAUUCCACUCUCGACAGUGCAGACCCCAUCCAUGGCCAGCAUAUAGCUGGCCUGGGAAGCAUGAGAUCAUGAGUUCAAUUCCCAGUACCAAAAAAAACAAGGUCCUGCACAUUCUGCACAGAAGACUGUAAAAGUCUUCAGAGGUCCACAGAGUCUCUCCCAUCCCCUGAAAGGGACCUACAAGGUCUGGAGCAUGGAAGGUCUAGUGCUGGUUUUGCCAUUUCUCCUUUGCCUGUGCCUCCACAUUCCCUUGUUUCAUGGGCCUCAGCCUCUGCAUCUUCCCUCGGCCUAAUCCCUGCCUCUCUCCUUAUUGCCAGGACCUCAGACUCAGCAGUGAGACCCUGUAGGCUGCUUGUUUUCUCAGCUUUUCUAGCCUCAGGGUAGCAACCUAGACAAUUUCCACAGGUUCCAAAGGAGCUAUGAGAAAGUUCCUGUAUUGGUCAGGGUUUUACUAGAGAGAACAGAUAUAACCCGGGAUAUACAGAAACAACAAGAUUGGCUUAUGAUAGUCAGUCACAGAAUCCGAUGAGGAAAUGUGCAGAGGAUAUCUAUGCAUUGGAGGCCAAAGGAUUCAAUCCAAGGUCUGGAGUUUACCCUAGCGUCUUGUGCAAGUCCACACCAGUAGGCUGAUGGGUCUGUGACCGAAGGCCGAAGGCUCUGUGAUGAAAGGCUGAAAAGUCUAUGCUGGAAAGCUGAAGAGUCUAUACUGAAAGCCAGGAGGCGAGGUCCAAACCAAAGGCGAAGACUGGAGCUUCUCCCAAGAAUGGCAUGGAAUCAUCCUUUCUUCUCCCCUUUUAUACCUCGAGGUGAUAACCCACCCAAGGGUGGGUCUUAUUCUACAUCCUUGGGUGUAGAAUUGCUAAACCCAUUUAGUUAGCUUCUAGUUGUCUCAAGUUGACAAAAUCAAUCAACCACUACAGUUUCUCUGUAGCUUCUCUCCAAAAUCAGUCAGAGAAAAAAUGUUCAUUAAUUAAAAAAAUAACCUACAGUGAAUUUGUUUUUCUACUUUAUGGUAGCCGCUCCUUCUGUGUUCCUGAUUUGAGUCUCUGAGCUCAGAUUUCAUUUUCUUAUACAGAUCUUCCAUGAAAAUCCAUCUGGGGGCAGGCACAGCAGUACAUUGUUGAAUGAUGACUAAAUCUAAGAGUAUGAAACACAUGAUGUUCCACAGGGUCAAACUGAUGUUCUACUUGGUCCAGCACUCUGUCUGACAGUGAUUCUAAGGACUGUGAUAGAAUUAAGAUGAUAUUUUCCCUGCUACGCAGGAGGCUGAAAAGAUCACUUGAGCUCAAGAGUUUGAAACUAGUAUGGUCAACAUAGCAAGAUCCUGUCUCAAAAAAAAAAAAAAAAAAAAAAACCAUAAUAUUGUCUUUUCAUAAUGAUGUUUCCAGAGGAUAACCUAAAUGUCAGUGACAUUUCUCUUAAAAUCUAUUAUAGAUCUAAAGAGGUAAUGGAAGCACUUGUCACUAAUCAUUGUCAUAAUUUUUCUUUAGAUAGUGGCAGAAUUAUUAUCAGUCAUCAUCUCUUCUGACUUACAAGCAAGCAGUGUGACCUUUUUCUGGAAGUCCUCUGACAGCCCAAUUCUGCUGUCCUCUUGUUAAUCUCCAUACUUCAAGAUUUCAUAUCUUCAGCAGUAUUGGCACUUGGUCGUUAGAAAUAUGUGGUACAUUCUGGACAUUUAACAGUAUCAGCAGCUACAUUAUCCACAAGAUGCCAGAGUACCUUCUCCUAGUCAUGUUAGUUAAAAGUAUAUCAUACAGACAUUUCUAGAUUUUCUCAGCGCAUCAAAAUGACACCCACUUCCUAGUAAAGAACCUUUGCUCGAGACAAGUGCAAUGGUGCAUACUUUAAUGCCAGUACUCAGUAGGCUGAAUCAGGAGGAUCACUGUGAGUUUGAGGCCAGCCUGGGCUGCAUAAGGAUCUUGUCUCAAAAAAAGAAUCAUUGCUCUGUUUCAAUAGGAAUAUAUAUAUAUAUAUAUAUCAUAUAUAUAUAUAUGAUAUAUAUAUCAUAUAUAUAUAUAUAUGAUACAUGUUUUCCCUUAAAUUAUACUUCUUUUGAAGUUCUGUUAAUAGAACUUUAUUUGUAUUUAUUUCAUUAUCUUCAAGUGUAAGAGUAUUAGUAUUGGAGUUAUACGUGUGUGGGAGACCCUGGGUUUGAUCCUCAGUCCUGAAAGAAUAAAAAAACUUUGUGUAAAGAUGUAUCCAGGCAUGUGAGGCUCAAAGUGAUGAGUAUAUAUAAAAUGUCUUAAUUAAAUUUAGACUUUCAUUGACUACUGUGUAUGUCCUUUGCUUAAGAAAUUAACUAUAUGCAAAUAUUUGCAUAAAUCAUAGAAAAUUAGCUGUAUAGGUAAUCUGGUAGUUACUGCUCAGCAUUCAUAGUAAUGUCAUAAAAGUCACUAAUUUUAAUAUAGUCAUUUAGGAAACACAAUCUUUUCUUAGUUGUCACUUUUAUGCAGAAAUCAGGCAUGUAGUAAAAGAUCUUUUUGAGCAUACUGGACAAAUUUGCUCAUCAUUUUUUUACUUGAACUUUUUUGAACUUAAUGAGUGUUUUCUUUUUACCCGUGUUACUGUCCCCAUCACUGUAUGUAUUUAAGCAGCCACCUCCUACAUAAAACAUUUUUUUAAAUGUACCUUAACACAGAGGGUUUCCUGAUGGUUUCAGCAACUUGACUGGGGGAACUUGAUUAUAUGAAAAUAUUUAUUAUUUUCUGUAGAAUUACUCCAUAAUGAUGGGAUAUUAGGGAAUAGUUCAGUCCCAAAGGAGGAAGUAGAUGACCCCAAUGACUCCACAUUUUGCAGGACUUAUAUAAAGUGGGGUACCAUUCCCGUGUUCUCUUUCGCCUUGGUUCUCUAUAGUCAGCUUUCCUUCUUCCCAAACCAGGUCACUUGGACUACCAGGAAAUAAGUACAUGAAAGCAGCAUUAUUUAGCACGUUGAUGCCAGAUAUAUAAAUAGCACGUUGAGUGUGCAACUUGGUCUUACCAGUCCCCUAGCCUGUGUGUAAACCAUUUGUCUGUUUUUUCCUCACUGGUACUCUGGUAUUUAACCAUUGCUUUAAAAAGAAUCACAUUACUGUUUUGACUGUCUCUGUAUCAGGUUUGUGAUUACCUGCCUCAAAGAGGCCCAUGGUCUUGGUCACCUUUUUUUUUGUUCUUUCCAUUUGACUCACUACCCUAUUCUCUAACACCUGGUCAAAAAUAAUGUCCACACUUCUCAAGUUGCUAACCUCGUAUUCCAAGUUGAUCAUGGUUGCUGCUCUUUAAAGAGAUGCCAUUUAACAUAAAUUUCCUCAAAUUUUUAUUCUUACUUCCUCUGUAUUUCUAUAAUGUUACCCACCUUCUGCAACUGUUUGUAAAAUGCAAGUACAGUUCAACAUAUGGAAAUCAGUAACUACAAUACAUCUUAUAAACAAAAGGAAAGACUUUGAACUGGGGUGGGGGAGUGAGGAAAGAAGGUAAAAAGAAAAAAGGAUAGAAGGGAAAAGUAGAAACAAAGCUUUUGUAAAUAAGGAAGGAAAGAGAGGUUAAAAGGAGGAGAGGGAAAAGGAAAAAAAGAAUUCAAGAUAUAUCAUGUACAGGUACAAGUUUCAUAUAAUGAAUGUUAUCAUUCUUUGUAUCCAAAAUGUACCAGUAAAAUUAAUUUUUAAAAACUUUUUUCAAAUUCAACAUCUCUUGAUAAUUAAAAAAAAACAAAAGAAAACUCUUUAAUUGGGCAUGGUAGCACACAUCUGUAAUCCCAGCCCUUGGGAGGCUGAGGCAGGAGGAUUACUGCAAAUUCAUGGCCAGCCUGCACUAUAAAGCAAGAUCCUGUCUUAGGGGGAAAAAAAGCUGAAGAAAAUUGGUAUAGAAGGACCUUAUCUCAAUCUGACAAAAGCCAUUUAUAAGAAACUGACAGCUGGGGCCAGGGAUAUAGCUCAGCCACAUAAGCACCUGUCUGGCUUGUGCAAGGUCCUGAGUUCGAUUUCCAGUUACCCCCCCCCCACAAAGACAGAGAGAAAGACCAACAGUCAGCAUCAUACUAAAUAGGGGAAAGCUAAACACUUUUUCUAAAUUCAGGAACAAGACAAGGGUGUUCACUAUUAGUGCGUCAAUAAAGUUCUUGGAAACAUUAACCAGAAGAGUCAGGCAAAAGAAAAAAAAAUAAAUGGAUAUUUCAUGGUUUCUCUUACAUGAGAAAUUACAAAGAACAAAAUAAAAGACAAAAAAAUGGGAAGUAAAAAGAUAGAUCUUUCUCAGGAAGGGGAUCAAGAGUUGGAGAGGAGACAGAAGGCAGGGAAAAGAGAUGAAAAAAGGAAUUAAACACCAGCUAAACAUAAAAAAAUGGAAGCAUUAUGUAUUGCAAAUGUGCACUAAUAGAAAAAGAAAAUUAAAUUUUAAAAAUCAACAAAGGUAUAUGUACAGGAAAGGAAAAAGUAAAAUUAUCAUUAUUUGCAGAUAACACAAUCCUCUACAUAGAAGACCAGAAAAUUCCACUGAAAGGGUCCUGGAAUUCAUAACCAAAUUCACUAAUGUAGCAGGAGACAAAUUAACACACAGAAAUUAAUAGCAUUUCUGUAUAUCAGUAAUGAAAAAGAAAUUAGAAAAAUAGCUGAGUGUAAUUCCAGCACUCAGGAGACUGAAACAAGAGGAUCACAGCAAAUUGAAGGCCACCCUGAGCUACAUAGCAAGACCCUGUCUCCAAAAUAAAUACACUUACAUACAGACGGACAAACAAUACACUCCUGUUCACAAUAGCAUCAAGAAAAAAUAAAAUAUUAAAAGGAAAUAAAGGGUUAUUAACCUAACCAAGAAAUUAACCUAAGCAAAGAAGAGAAAUAUAGUGAAAACUACAGUGCUCUGAUAAAAGAGAUUUAAGAGGAGAUCAGAAAAUAGAAAGAUAACUGCUUUUCCUGGGUAAGGAGAACCAAUACAGUCAAAAUGGCCAUAGUUCCAAAACUCAUACUAUAGAUAGCUUUACUAGAAUCCAAUCACAAUACCAACAGCAUUCCUCAUAGGACUAAAGACAGUCCUAUAAUUCAUGUGGAGCCAGAGGAUGCAGAAACAACUCCAGCCAUAUUAAGCUACCUGAUCUGUGACAAAGGAGCCAGAAACAUGCUACAGGAAUGAUAGCCUCUUUAACAAAUGGUGCCGGGACUUCCAGGAGAACAUGGAGGAUAGAUAGCAGCAGCUUCGGAGGCUCUCUGAGAAACCGCACUUAAAAUCCAGGAAUGGUGCCGGGUGAGAAGUACUAAGCAAGCGGAGAUAUACUUUGCUGACCCAGGAACGAACUAAACUAAGAGAAACCAACUGGAAACACAAUCCUGGUGAUACAACAGGAUCAGAUAAAGUCUCAGCUUGGAAGCUGGACCCUGUGCCACUGGAAGCUGCGAUUUGAAUUUCCUGCAGCCACUGCUACGUUCUAAACGGCACAGCAAGGAGAGAGGCGUGAAAGCUCUGAGAGUGGAAAGCGGUGAAUGGAGUUGAGAGCGGGACUAGCCGGGAGCCCUGCAUCGACCUGUGGUGAGUGAGCAGAUCGGGGACCCUUCCAUAAAGUAGGAGGCUUCAGCAAAGGGCAUAGUGGGACUGGGCAAACUAGCUGGAACAGGAUGCUGAAGUGACUUCAGUCACAUAUUCCCCUCUGAAGCGCGAUUGGUGGCGAGUGCCUGGCUUGGGUGAUGCUGCUAACUAAGACCAGUAAGCUAGCUCAAACCAGGUUCCAGCACCUGGAGGUGCACCUUAGCAGUGAAGCCUUCCAUAGGUUGACCUGGAGGGGUGGGCCCAGCAUAGGCUGCCCAGGUUUGUGUCUCCCUAGUACACUGCAGUGGGCAGGAACACCUAGCCGGUGCAAUUCAAACAAACUGUAACUGACUAAGAAAGAAACUGGGCCUCCUAUAUACGUUUGUAUAAAAGGAACAAAAAAUAUGGGAAGAGGGAGCAACAAGAAAGGGUCCUCGGCCCCCAAUCCUGAGAAACAUGCGAUAUCAGACACGGCACCAAUAGACAUAAAGUGCUAUCUCCAGAGCCUCAUAGACAAGUUCACAAAUGAAGUUAUUAACGACUUGAAGCAAGAUGUAAGUAGAAAAGUUAGAGAAAUGCUAAGCACUGCCCAAGAAAAAACAGAUGGUGGAAUGGAAGAAUGGAAAAAUGGAAAAAAAGGGGAGAAUUGUUUGAUGGAGAAAAAUAGAAUACGUGAAGCAGGUUCAAAGAGAUUACCAGGAAACUAAAAAUUCUAUUGAAAACUGGCAUAACAGCUUGAAAAAAACUAAGGAUAGAUUAUCUGAACUGGAGGGCAGAUUUGUAAUAUGGGAGCAUGAAAUGAAAAACUUCUUAAAAAUAUAAAAAAAGGGGCUGGGGAUUUAGGUCAGCGGCAUAAGCACCUGCCUUGCAAGCAGGCAGUCAUGAGUUCGAUCCCCGGUACCAAUAAAAAGGAAAAAGACAAAAUAAUAAUAAUAAUAAUAAAUAACAAAAAAACAGCAGCAAUACAAAGGCUAGAAAAUGAUAAGAGGGUCUAUAACUUAAGAAUUAAGAACAUAAGAGAAGAAGUAGGGACACAAACAAAUGGACUACAAAAGCUAUUCACAGAAAUAAUCAAAGAGAAUUUCCUUAAUUUAGAAAAUGGUAAAGAUACUCAGAUAUAUGAGGCAUACAGGACCCCAGCCACCUACAACCCAAACCGAGCUACACCCAGGCAUAUAAUAAUCAAAAUUCUAGAAAUCCAAUAUAAGAACAGAAUAUUAAAAGCCAUCAGAGACAAGAAACAGAUCACUUACAAGG